GCGCCGGCCGAGCCGCAGACCGGAGCCCGCGCCUCGUGCUCAGCGCCCGCCGUCCGUGCGUCCGUCCGCGCGCAGGGAGCCCAGUCGGUCCGCGCCCGCGCCCCGCCGCCCGCCGGCAGCCAUGGUGGCCGGCAUGCUCAUGCCGCUGGACCAGCUGCGCGCCAUCUACGAGGUGCUCUUUCGCGAAGGCGUGAUGGUGGCCAAGAAGGACCGGCGGCCCCGCAGCCUGCACCCCCACGUGCCCGGCGUCACCAAUCUGCAGGUCACGCGGGCCAUGGCCUCGCUGCGGGCGCGCGGCCUGGUGCGGGAGACCUUCGCCUGGCGCCACUUCUACUGGUACCUCACCAACGAGGGCAUCGCCCACCUGCGCCAGUACCUGCACCUGCCGCCCGAGAUCGUGCCCGCCUCCCUGCAGCGCGUGCGCCGCCCCGUCGCCCUGGUGACGCCAGCGCGCCACAGCCCCCGCGUGCAGACCGUGCAGGGCCCCCUGGGCUGCCCGCCCAAGCGGGGGCCGCCGCCCGCCGACGACCCUGCCCGUGAGGAGCGGCGGGGCUACCGCCGGAAGGAGCCUGAGGAGGGGGCGCCCGAGCCCCCUGUGGUGCCCGCCACCACCCUGGGGACCCUGGCGCGGCCCAGCCCGGAGCCGUCCCCAGCCACAGAUGAGCGGGACCGUGUGCAGAAGAAAACCUUCACCAAGUGGGUCAACAAGCACCUCAUCAAGGCCCACAGGCACAUUAGUGACCUGUAUGAGGAUCUCCGCGAUGGCCACAACCUCAUCUCCCUGCUGGAGGUGCUCUCGGGGGACAGCCUGCCCCGCGAGAAGGGGAGGAUGCGCUUCCAUAAGCUACAGAACGUCCAGAUUGCCCUGGACUACCUCCGGCACCGCCAGGUGAAGCUGGUGAACAUCAGGAAUGAUGACAUCGCCGACGGCAACCCCAAGCUCACGCUGGGCCUCAUCUGGACCAUCAUUCUGCACUUCCAGAUCUCGGACAUCCAGGUGAGCGGGCAGUCGGAGGACAUGACGGCCAAGGAGAAGCUGCUGCUGUGGUCGCAGCGCAUGGUGGAGGGCUACCAGGGCCUGCGCUGCGACAACUUCACCUCCAGCUGGCGCGACGGCCGGCUCUUCAAUGCCAUCAUCCACCGGCACAAGCCCAUGCUCAUCGACAUGAACAAGGUGUACCGGCAGAGCAACCUGGAGAACCUGGACCAGGCCUUCUCCGUGGCAGAGCGGGACCUGGGCGUGACACGGCUCCUCGACCCCGAGGACGUGGACGUCCCGCAGCCUGACGAGAAGUCCAUCAUCACGUAUGUCUCGUCCCUGUACGACGCCAUGCCCCGUGUGCCUGACGUGCAGGAUGGGGUGCAGGCCAAUGAGCUGCAGCUGCGCUGGCAGGAGUAUCGUGAGCUGCUGCUGCUGCUGCUGCAGUGGAUCCGGCACCACACGGCUGCCUUUGAGGAGCGCAAGUUCCCGUCCAGCUUUGAGGAGAUUGAGGUCCUGUGGUGCCAGUUCCUGAAGUUUAAGGAGACGGAGCUCCCAGCCAAGGAGGCCGACAAGAACCGGGCCAAGGGCAUCUACCAGUCCCUGGAGGGUGCGGUGCAAGCCGGCCAGCUCAAGGUGCCCCCUGGCUACCACCCGCUGGACGUGGAGAAGGAGUGGGGCAGGCUGCACGUGGGCAUCCUGGAGCGGGAAAAGCAGCUCCGGAGCGAGUUUGAGAGGCUGGAGUGUCUCCAGCGCAUCGUGAGCAAACUCCAGAUGGAGGCCGGGCUGUGCGAGGAGCAGCUGAACCAGGCCGACGCCCUGCUGCAGUCGGACAUCCGGCUGCUCGCUGCAGGCAAGGGGCCACAGCGGGCCAGCGAGGUGGAGCGGGACCUGGACAAGGCGGACGGCCUGAUCCGACUGCUGUUUAAUGACGUGCAGACCCUCAAGGAUGGGCGGCACCCCCAGGGCGAGCAGAUGUACCGCAGGGUGUACCGCCUGCACGAGCGCCUGGUGGCCAUCCGCACCGAGUACAACCUCCGGCUGAAGGCGGGUGUGGGCGCCCCCGCGACCCAGGUGACCCAGGUCACGGUGCAGAGUGUGCAGAGGCGACCCGAGCUCGAGGACUCCACCCUGCGCUACCUGCAGGACCUUCUGGCCUGGGUGGAAGAGAACCAGCGGCGAGUGGACGGUGCCGAGUGGGGUGUGGACCAGCCCAGCGUGGAGGCGCAGCUGGGCAGCCACCGCGGCCUGCACCAGUCCAUUGAGGAGUUCCGGGCUAAGAUUGAGCGGGCACGCGCUGACGAGGGCCAGCUGUCCCCACCCACCCGGAGCGCCUACCGCGACUGCCUGGGCAGGCUGGACCUGCAGUACGCCAAGCUGCUGAACUCCUCCAAGGCCCGUCUCCGGGCCCUGGAGAGCCUGCACGGCUUCGUGGCAGCUGCCACCAAGGAGCUGAUGUGGCUCAACGAGAAGGAGGAGGAGGAGGUCGGCUUCGACUGGAGUGAGCGCAAUGCCAACAUGGCAGCUAAGAAGGAGAGCUACUCGGCCUUGAUGCGUGAGCUAGAGCUGAAAGAAAAGAAGGUCAAGGAGAUCCAGAACACCGGCGACCGCCUGCUGCGAGACGACCACCCUGCACGGCCCACAGUGGAGUCCUUCCAGGCGGCUCUGCAGACCCAGUGGAGCUGGAUGUUGCAGCUGUGCUGCUGCAUCGAGGCACACCUGAAGGAGAACACCGCCUACUUCCAGUUCUUCACAGAUGUGCGGGAGGCUGAGGAGCAGCUGCAGAAGCUGCAGGAGACGCUGCGCAGGAAAUACACCUGCGACCGCUUGACCACUGUCACGCGCCUUGAAGACCUGCUGCAGGAUGCCCAGGAUGAAAAGGAGCAGCUGAACGAGUAUAAGGGGCACCUCCUGGGCCUGGCCAAGCGGGCCAAGGCCAUCGUGCAGCUGAAGCCACGCAACCCGGCCCACGUGGUGCGGGGACAUGUGCCCCUGCUGGCCGUGUGUGACUACAAGCAGGUGGAGGUCACCGUGCACAAAGGCGACGAGCUGCAGCUGGUGGGCGCCGCGCAGCCGUCCCACUGGAAGGUGCUCAGCAGCUCCGGCCAGGAGGCCGCCGUGCCGUCCGUCUGCUUCCUCGUGCCCCCGCCCAACCAGGAGGCACAGGAGGCCCUCACCAGGCUGGAGGCCCAGCACCAGGCCCUGGUGGCACUCUGGCACCAGCUGCACGUGGACAUGAAGAGCCUCCUGGCCUGGCAGAGCCUCAGCCGCGACGUGCAGCUCAUCCGCUCCUGGUCCCUGGUCACGUUCCGCGCGCUGAAGCCGGAGGAGCAGCGCCAAGCCCUGCGCAGCCUGGAGCAGCACUACCAGGCCUUCCUGCGGGACAGUCAGGAUGCCGGCGGCUUCGGGCCCGAGGACCGGCUGCAGGCCGAGCGCGAGUACGGCUCCUGCAGCCGCCACUACCAGCAGCUGCUGCAGAGCCUGGAGCAGGGUGAGCAGGAGGAGUCCCGCUGCCAGCGCUGCAUCUCGGAGCUGAGGGACAUCCGACUGCAGCUGGAGGCCUGCGAGAGCCGCACCGUGCACCGCCUGCGGCUGCCGCUGGACAAGGAGCCGGCGCGGGAGUGUGCCCAGCGCAUCGCAGAGCAGCAGAAGGCGCAGGCGGAGGUGGAAGGGCUGGGCAAGGGGGUUGCCCGGCUCUCUGCUGAAGCCAAGAAGGUCCUCGCCCUGCCUGAGCCCUCGCCUGCCGUCCCCAUGCUGCGCUCUGAGCUGGAGCUGACACUGGGCAAGCUGGAGCAAGUCCGCAGCCUGUCCGCCAUUUACCUGGAGAAGCUCAAGACCAUCAGCCUGGUGAUCCGGAGCACACAGGGUGCCGAGGAGGUGCUCCGGGCCCACGAGGAGCAGCUCAAGGAGGCACAGGCCGUGCCCGCCACCCUCCCGGAGCUUGAGGCCACCAAGGCUGCACUGAAGAAACUGCGGGCCCAGGCCGAGGCACAGCAGCCUGUGUUCGACGCCCUGCAGGACGAGCUGCGGGCGGCCCAGGAGGUGGGGGCGCGGCUGCAGCAGCAGCACGGCGAGCGGGACAUCGAGGUGGAGCGCUGGCGGGAGCGCGUGGCCCAGCUGCUGGAGCGCUGGCAGGCCGUGCUGGCCCAGACGGACGUGCGGCAGCGUGAGCUUGAGCAGCUGGGCCGCCAGCUGCGCUAUUACCGCGAGAGCGCAGACCCGCUGGGCGCCUGGUUGCAGGACGCCAGGCAGCGGCAGGAGCAGGUGCAGGCCAUGCCGCUGGCUGACAGUCGGGCCGUGCGGGAGCAGCUGCGGCAGGAGAAGGCGCUGCUGGAGGAGAUCGAGCGCCACGGCGAGAAGGUGGAGGAGUGCCAGAGGUUUGCCAAACAGUACAUCAAUGCCAUCAAGGAUUAUGAGCUCCAGCUGGUCACCUACAAGGCACAGCUCGAGCCGGUGGCCUCGCCGGCCAAGAAGGCCAAGGUCCAGUCUGGGUCGGAGAGCGUCAUCCAGGAGUACGUGGACUUGCGCACACGCUACAGCGAGCUGACCACGCUCACGAGCCAGUACAUCAAGUUCAUCAGCGAGACCCUGCGGCGCAUGGAGGAGGAGGAGAGGCUGGCUGAGCAGCAGCGGGCAGAGGAGCGGGAGCGCCUGGCCGAGGUGGAGGCCGCACUGGAGAAGCAGCGGCAGCUGGCCGAGGCCCACGCCCAGGCAAAGGCGCAGGCGGAGCGGGAGGCUCAGGAGCUGCAGCAGCGCAUGCAGGAAGAGGUGGUGCGGCGGGAGGAGGCAGCGGUGGACGCGCAGCAGCAGAAGCGCAGUAUCCAGGAGGAGCUGCAGCACCUGCGGCAGAGCUCAGAGGCCGAGAUCCAGGCCAAGGCACAGCAGGCGGAAGCGGCCGAGCGCAGCCGGCUGCGCAUCGAGGAGGAGAUCCGUGUGGUGCGCCUGCAGCUGGAGGCGACUGAGCGCCAGCGCAGCGGGGCCGAGGGCGAGCUGCAUGCGCUGCGCACACGAGCGGAAGAAGCCGAGGCCCAGAAGCGGCAGGCGCAGGAGGAGGCAGAGCGGCUUCGGCGGCAGGUGCAGGACGAGAGCCAGCGCAAGCGGCAGGCGGAGGCAGAGCUGGCCCUGCGUGUGCAGGCGGAGGCGGAAGCCGCCCGUGAGAAGCAGCGGGCCCUGCAGGCACUGGAAGAGCUGCGGCUGCAGGCCGAGGAGGCAGAGCGGCGGCUGCGGCAGGCCGAGGCAGAGCGGGCCCGCCAGGUGCAGGUGGCCCUCGAGACCGCCCAGCGCAGUGCCGAGGCAGAGCUGCAGAGCAAGCGCGCCUCCUUUGCAGAGAAGACGGCGCAGCUGGAACGCACGCUGCAGGAGGAGCACGUGACUGUGGCGCAGCUGCGGGAGGAGGCCGAGCGGCGGGCGCAGCAGCAGGCCGAGGCAGAACAGGCCCGUGAGGAGGCUGAGCGAGAGCUGGAGCGCUGGCAGCUCAAGGCCAACGAGGCGCUGAGGCUGCGGCUGCAGGCCGAGGAGGUGGCACAGCAGAAGAACCUGGCGCAGGCGGAGGCCGAGAAGCAGAAGGAAGCUGCAGAGCGCGAGGCGCGGCGGCGCGGCAAGGCAGAGGAGCAGGCCGUGCGGCAGCGCGAGCUGGCUGAGCAGGAGCUGGAGAAGCAGCGGCAGCUGGCCGAGGGUACCGCGCAGCAGCGCCUCGUGGCCGAGCAGGAGCUGAUCCGGCUACGGGCCGAGACGGAGCAGGGAGAACAACAGCGACAGCUGCUGGAGGAGGAGCUCUCUCGGUUGCAGCAGGAAGCGGCCGCCGCUGCCCAAAAGCGCCAGGAACUCGAGGCCGAGCUGGCCAAGGUGCGGGCAGAGAUGGAGGUGCUGCUGGCCAGCAAGGCGCGGGCCGAGGAGGAGUCUCGCUCCACCAACGAGAAGUCCAAGCAGAGGCUGGAGGCAGAGGCCGGCCGGUUCCGCGAGCUGGCGGAGGAGGCCGCCCGCCUGCGCGCCCUGGCUGAGGAGGCCAAGCGGCAGCGGCAGCUAGCCGAGGAGGACGCGGCACAGCAGCGGGCGGAGGCGGAGCGGGUGCUGGCCGAGAAGCUAGCCGCCAUCAGCGAGGCCUCGCGGCUGAAGACGGAGGCAGAGAUUGCGCUCAAGGAGAAGGAGGCAGAGAACGAGCGGCUGCGGCGGCUGGCGGAGGACGAGGCCUUCCAGCGGCGGCGGCUGGAGGAGCAGGCCGCCCAGCACAAGGCCGACAUCGAGGAGCGCCUGGCGCAGCUGCGCAAGGCGUCGGAGGCCGAGAUGGACCGGCAGAAGGGGCUGGUGGAGGACACGCUGCGGCAGCGGCGGCAGGUGGAGGAGGAGAUCCUCGCGCUCAAGGUGAGCUUCGAGAAGGCGGCCGCGGGCAAGGCAGAGCUGGAGCUGGAGCUGAGCCGCAUCCGCAGCAAUGCUGAGGACACCCUGCGCAGCAAGGAGCAGGCGGAGCUGGAGGCACAGCGACAGCGGCAGCUGGCGGCCGAGGAGGAGCAGCGGCGCCGGGAGGCCGAGGAGCGUGUGCAGAAGAGCUUGGCGGCCGAGGAGGAGGCGGCCCGGCAGCGGAAGGCUGCACUUGAGGAGGUUGCGCGGCUGAAAUCCAAGGUGGAGGAGGCACGGCGCCUGCGGGAACGGGCCGAGCAGGAGUCGGCCCGGCAGCUGCAGGUGGCCCAGGAGGCUGCCCAGAAGCGGCUGCAUGCAGAGGAGAAGGCGCAUGCGUUUGCAGUGCAGCAGAAGGAGCAGGAGCUGCAGCAGACCUUGCAGCAGGAGCAGAGCAUGCUGGAGCGGCUGCGAGGCGAGGCGGAGGCGGCACGGCGGUCGGCCGAUGAGGCGGAGGCGGCGCGGGAGCGGGCCGAACAGCAGGCAGCGCAGUCGCGGCAGCAGGUGGAGGCGGCGGAGCGGCUGAAGCAGGCGGCCGAGGAGCAGGCCCAGGCCCAGGCGCAGGCCCAGGCCGCCGCCGAGAAGCUGCGCAAGGACGCUGAGCAGGAGGCGGCGCGGCGGGCGCAGGCGGAGCAGGCAGCGCUGCGGCAGAAGCAGGCGGCCGACGCAGAGAUGGAGAAGCACAAGAAGUUCGCAGAACAGACGCUGCGGCAGAAGGCUCAGGUGGAGCAAGAGCUGACGGCACUACGGCUGCAGCUGGAGGAGACGGACCACCAGAAAGGCAUCCUGGAUGAGGAGCUGCAGCGGCUGAAGGCGGAGGUGACGGAGGCCACGCGCCAGCGCAGCCAGGUGGAGGAGGAGCUCUUCUCCUUGCGGGUGCAGAUGGAAGAGCUGGGCAAGCUCAAGGCGCGCAUCGAGGCGGAGAACCGCACGCUCAUCCUGCGGGACAAGGACAACACACAGCGCUUCCUGCAGGAGGAGGCCGAGAAGAUGAAGCAGGUGGCCGAGGAGGCGGCGCGGCUGAGCAUAGCAGCCCAGGAGGCGGCGCGGCUGCGGCAGUUGGCCGAGGAGGACCUGGCGCAGCAGCGGGGCCUGGCGGAGAAGAUGCUCAAGGAGAAGAUGCAGGCCGUUCAGGAGGCCACGCGGCUCAAGGCCGAGGCCGAGCUGCUGCAGCAGCAGAAGGAGCUCGCUCAGGAGCAGGCCCGGCGGCUGCAGGAGGACAAGGAGCAGAUGGCGCAGCAGCUGGCGCAGGAGACACAGGGCUUCCAGCGGACCCUGGAGACUGAGCGGCAGCGGCAGCUGGAGAUGAGCGCCGAGGCCGAGCGGCUCAAGCUGCGCGUGGCCGAGAUGAGCCGGGCCCAGGCCCGUGCCGAGGAGGAUGCACAGCGCUUCCGGAAGCAGGCCGAGGAGAUCAGCGAGAAGCUGCACCUCACCGAGCUGGCCACGCAGGAAAAGGUGACGCUGGUGCAGACGCUCGAGGUGCAGCGGCAGCAGAGUGACCAGGAUGCCGGGCGCCUGCGGGAGGCCAUCGCUGAGCUAGAGCGGGAGAAAGAGAAGCUGAAGCAGGAGGCCAAGCUGCUGCAGCUCAAGUCUGAGGAGAUGCAGACGGUGCAGCAGGAGCAGCUGCUGCAGGAGACGCAGGCGCUGCAGCAGAGCUUCCUCUCCGAGAAGGACAGCCUGCUGCAGCGAGAACGCUUCAUCGAGCAGGAGAAGGCCAAGCUGGAACAGCUCUUCCAGGACGAGGUGGCCAAGGCGCAGAAGCUGCGUGAGGAGCAGCAGCGGCAGCAGCAGCAGAUGGAGCAGGAAAAGCAGCAGCUGGUGGCCAGCAUGGAGGAGGCGCGGCGGCGGCAGUGUGAGGCCGAGGAGGGCGUGAGGCGCAAGCAGGAGGAGCUGCAGUGCCUGCAACAGCAGCGGAAGCAGCAGGAGGAGCUGCUGGCCGAGGAGAACCGGCGGCUGCGGGAGCGGCUGCAGCGGCUGGAGGAGGAGCACCGUGCCACGCUGGCUCACACAGAGGAGGUCGUUGCCGCCACCAAGGCCUUGCCCAACGGCCGGGAUGCACCUGAUGGCCCAGCCGCAGAGGCAGAGCCCCAGCAUGCUUUCGACGGCCUGCGACGGAAGGUACCGGCCCAGCAGCUGCAGGAGGCAGGCAUCCUGAGCGCAGAGGAGCUGCAGCGGCUGGAGCAGGGCCGCACCACGGUGGCUGAGCUCGCGCAGCGGGAGGACGUGCGCCACUACCUGCAGGGCCGCAGCGGUGUUGCCGGGCUGCUGCUGAAGCCGGCCAAUGAGAAGCUGAGCAUCUACAAGGCCCUGCAGAGGCAGCUGCUGAGCCCCGGCACUGCACUCAUCCUGCUCGAGGCCCAGGCAGCCUCGGGUUUCCUGCUGGACCCUGUGCACAACCGGCGGCUGACCGUCAACGAGGCCGUGAAGGAGGGCCUCGUGGGGCCCGAGAUGCACCACAAGCUGCUGGCGGCUGAGCGCGCGGUCACCGGUUACAAGGACCCCUACACCGGGGAGCAGAUCUCCCUCUUCCAGGCCAUGAAGAAGGGCCUGAUCGUCAGGGAGCACGGCGUGCGCCUGCUGGAGGCCCAGAUCGCCACGGGCGGCGUCAUCGACCCGGUGCACAGCCACCGCCUGCCCGUGGAGGUGGCCUACCAGCGCGGCUACUUCGACGAGGACAUGAACCGCGUCCUGUCCGACCCCGGUGACGACACCAAGGGCUUUUUCGACCCCAACACGCACGAGAACCUCACCUACCUGCAGCUGCUGGAGAAAUGCGUCACCGACCCCGACACGGGCCUGCGCCUCCUGCCACUGACGGACAAGGCUGCCAGGGGUGGUGAGCUGGUCUACACCGACUCGGAGGCCCGCGACGUGUUCGAGAAGGCCACCGUGUCUGCGCCGUUCGGGAGGUUCCAGGGCCGGACGGUGACCAUCUGGGAGAUCAUCAACUCCGAGUACUUCACGGCCGAGCAGCGGCGCGACCUCCUGCGGCAGUUCCGCACGGGCAAGAUCACGGUGGAGAAGAUCAUCAAGAUCGUCAUCACCGUGGUCGAGGAGCACGAGCAGAAGGGCCGGCUCUGCUUUGAGGGCCUGCGCGCCCUGGUGCCUGCCGCCGAGCUGCGCGACAGCGGGGUCAUCAACCCCGACCUCUUCCAGCAGCUGCAGCGGGGCGAGCGCUCUGUGCAGGAAGUGGCCGAGGUGGAUGCCGUGCGUCAGGCCCUGCGGGGGACCGGCGUCAUCGCGGGCAUGUGGCUGGAGGAGGCGGGCCAGAAGCUUAGCGUCUAUGAGGCCCUGAGGCGAGACCUGCUGACGCCUGAGACGGCCCUGGCCCUGCUGGAGGCGCAGGCGGGCACCGGGCACAUCAUCGACCCCUCCACCAGCGCCCGGCUGACCGUGGAUGAGGCCGUCAAGGCCAGCCUGGUGGGGCCCGAGCUGCACGAGAAGCUGCUGUCGGCCGAGAAGGCCGUCACGGGCUACAGGGACCCCUACUCGGGGCAGAGCGUCUCCCUGUUCCAGGCGCUAAAGAAGGGCCUCCUCCCCCGGGAGCAGGGCCUGCGCUUGCUGGACGCCCAGCUCUCCACGGGUGGCAUCGUGGACCCCAGUAAGAGCCACCGCGUGCCCCUGGACGUGGCCUACGCCCGGGGCUACCUGGACGAGGAGACGAGCAGGGCGCUGUUUGCCCCCGCGGAUGACGCCAAGACCUACUGUGACCCCAUCACGUGGGAGCCGGCCACGUACCACCAGCUCCAGCAGCGGUGCCGGCCCGACCCACUGACGGGCCUGAGCCUGCUCCCGCUCUCGGAGGCGGCCGCCCGGGCCCGGCGGGAGGAGCUCUACUCCGACCUGCAGGCCCGUGAGGCUUUCGAGAAGGCCACCGUCGAGGUUCCCGGCGGCAGCUUCCAGGGCCGGACGGUGACCGUCUGGGAGCUCAUCAGCUCCGAGUACUUCUCGGAGGAGCAGCGGCAGGAGCUGCUGCGGCAGUUUCGCACAGGCCGGGUCACGGUGGAGAAGGUCAUCAAGAUCCUGCUCACCAUCGUGGAGGAGGUGGAGACCCGGCGGCAGCAGCAGCUCUCCUUCAGCGGCCUGCGGGCCCCGGUCCCAGCCCGUGAGCUCCUGGAUGCCGGGGUCCUCAGCCAGGCCCAGUUUGAGCAGCUCACGGAUGGCGAGACGUCGGUCAAGGAGCUCUCGGAGGUGGACUCCGUGAGGACACUGCUGCAGGGUAGCGGCUGCGUUGCCGGCAUCUUCCUGGUGGACUCCAAGGAAAAAGUGACUAUCUACGAGGCCAUGAAGCGUGGGCUGCUCAGGCCAAGCACAGCCACGCUCCUGCUCGAGGCCCAGGCAGCCACUGGCUUCCUGGUGGACCCCGUGCGCAACCAGCGCCUGUAUGUCCACGAGGCCGUCAAGGCGGGUGUUGUGGGGCCUGAGCUGCACGAGAAGCUGCUGGCAGCCGAGAAGGCCGUCACCGGCUACACCGACCCCUACACCGGGGGGCAGAUCUCCCUCUUCCAGGCCAUGAAGAAGGGCCUGAUCGUCAGGGAGCACGGCGUGCGCCUGCUGGAGGCCCAGAUCGCCACGGGCGGCGUCAUCGACCCGGUGCACAGCCACCGCCUGCCCGUGGAGGUGGCCUACCAGCGCGGCUACUUCGACGAGGACAUGAACCGCGUCCUGUCCGACCCCGGCGACGACACCAAGGGCUUCUUCGACCCCAACACGCACGAGAACCUCACCUACCUGCAGCUGCUGGAGCGCUGCGUCACCGACCCCGACACGGGCCUGCGCCUCCUGCCGCUGAGGGCGGCCGAGAAGCCCGAGAUGGUGGAGACCACGCACGUGUACACGGAGGAGGAGACCCGCAGGGCCUUCGAGGAGACGCAGAUCAACAUCCCCGGCGGCAGUCCCGGCGGCGCCAUGUCCCUGUGGGAGGUGAUGCAGUCGGACCUGAUCCCCGAGGAGCAGCGGGCCCGGCUGAUGGAGGACUUCCGGGCCGGCCGCGUCACCAAGGAGCGCAUGAUCAUCAUCAUCAUCGAGAUCAUCGAGAAGACGGAGAUCAUCCGCCAGCAGAACCUGGCAUCCUACGACUACGUGCGCCGCCGCCUGACGGCCGAGGAGCUCUAUGCAGCCCGCAUCAUCUCCCUGGAGACCUACAACCUGCUCCGGGAGGGCACCCGGACGCUCCGUGACGUGCUGGAGGCCGAGUCCGCCUGGCGCUACCUGUAUGGCACGGGCUGUGUGGCCGGCCUCUACCUGCCCAGUGCCCGGCAGACCCUGACCGUCUACCAGGCGCUCAAGAAGGGGCUGGUCAGCGCCGAGGUGGCCCGGCUGCUGCUGGAGGCGCAGGCGGCCACGGGCUUCCUGGUGGACCCCAUGAAGAACGAGCGGCUGACCGUGGACGAGGCUGUGCGCAAGGGCCUUGUGGGCCCCGAGCUGCACGAUCGGCUGCUGUCGGCCGAGCGCGCCGUCACCGGCUACCGCGACCCCUACACCGAGCAGACCAUCUCGCUUUUCCAGGCCAUGAGGAAGGACCUGAUUCCUGCAGAGGAGGCCCUGCGGCUGCUGGACGCCCAGCUGGCCACGGGUGGCAUCAUCGACCCGCACCUGGGCUUCCACCUGCCGCUGGACGUGGCCUACCAGCGCGGCUACCUCAACAGGGACACGCACGAGCAGCUCUCGGAGCCCAGCGCCGUCCGCAGCUACGUGGACCCCUCCACGGACGAGCGCCUCAGCUACACGCAGCUGCUGAAGCGGUGCCACCGCGACGGGCCCCGGGCCCCGUUCCUCCUGCCGCUCGCUGACUCCCGCAGGCUGACCUUCCGCGGUCUGCGCAAGCAGAUCACCAUGGAGGAGCUCGUGCGCUCGCGGGUGCUGGACGAGGCCACGGCGCUGCAGCUGCGGGAGGGCCUGACCUCUGUCGAGGAGGUCACCAAGAACCUGCAGAAGUUCCUCGAGGGCACCAGCUGCAUCGCCGGCGUCAUCGUUGACGCCACCAAGGAGCGGCUGUCGGUGUACCAGGCCAUGAAGAAGGGCAUCAUCCGUCCCGGCACGGCCUUCGAGCUCCUGGAGGCGCAGGCGGCCACCGGCUACGUCAUCGACCCCAUCAAGGGGCUCAAGCUGACGGUGGAGGAGGCCGUGCGCAUGGGCAUCGUGGGCCCCGAGUUCAAGGACAAGCUGCUGGCGGCCGAGCGCGCGGUCACUGGCUACAAGGACCCCUACACCGGGAAGCUCAUCUCCCUCUUCCAGGCCAUGAAGAAGGGCCUGAUCCUGAAGGACCACGGCAUCCGCCUGCUGGAGGCCCAGAUCGCCACGGGCGGCGUCAUCGACCCCGAGGAGAGCCACCGCCUGCCUGUGGAGGUGGCCUACCAGCGCGGCCUCUUCGACGAGGACAUGAACGAGAUCCUGGUCGACCCCUCGGACGACACCAAGGGCUUCUUCGACCCCAACACGGAGGAGAACCUCACCUACCUGCAGCUGAUGGAGCGCUGCGUCACCGACCCCCAGACAGGGCUGUGCCUCCUGCCGCUGAAGGAGAAGAAGCGGGAGCGGAAGACGUCCUCCAAGUCCUCGGUGCGCAAGCGCCGCGUGGUCAUCGUGGACCCCGAGACGGGCAAGGAGAUGUCGGUGUACGAGGCCUACCGCAAGGGGCUCAUCGACCACCAGACGUACCUGGAGCUGUCCGAGCAGGAGUGCGAGUGGGAGGAGAUCACCACCUCCUCCUCGGACGGCGUGGUCAAGUCCAUGAUCAUCGACCGGCGCUCGGGCCGCCAGUACGACAUCGACGAGGCCAUCGCCAAGAGCCUCAUCGACCGCUCGGCGCUCGACCAGUACCGCGCCGGCACGCUCUCCAUCGCCGAGUUCGCCGACAUGCUCUCGGGCAAUGCUAGUGGCUUCCGCUCCCGGUCCUCCUCGGUGGGCUCCUCAUCCUCCUACCCCGUCAGCCCCGCGGCCGCCAGGACCCAGCUGUCCUCUUGGUCCGACCCCACGGAGGAGACAGGCCCGGUGGCCGGCAUCCUCGACACGGAGACGCUGGAGAAGGUGUCCGUCACCGAGGCCAUGCACCGCGGCCUGGUGGACAACAUCACGGGGCAGCGGCUGCUGGAGGCGCAGGCCUGCACGGGCGGCAUCAUCGACCCCGGCACCGGCCAGCGCUACUCCGUGGCCGACGCCGUCACCAAGGGCCUGGUGGACAAGAUCAUGGUGGACCGCAUCAAUCUGGCCCAGAAGGCCUUCUGCGGCUUCGAGGACCCGCGCACCAAGACCAAGAUGUCGGCCGCACAGGCGCUGAAGAAGGGCUGGCUGUACUACGAGGCCGGGCAGCGCUUCCUGGAGGUGCAGUACCUGACGGGCGGGCUGGUGGAGCCCGACGCGCCAGGCCGCGUGCCCCUCGAGGAGGCCCUGCAGCGGGGCACCGUGGACGCGCGCACCGCCCAGAAGCUGCGCGACGUCAGUGCCUACUCCAAGUACCUCACCUGCCCCAAGACCAAGCUCAAGAUCUCCUACAAGGACGCGCUGGACCGCAGCAUGGUGGAGGAGGACUCGGGGCUGCGGCUGCUGGAGGCCGCCGCCCAGUCCAGCAAGGGCUACUACAGCCCCUACAGCGUGAGCGGCUCCGGCUCGGCCACCGGCUCGCGUACCGGCUCGCGCACGGGCUCCCGGGCUGGCUCACGGCGCGGCAGCUUCGACGCCACAGGCUCCGGCUUCUCCAUGACCUUCUCCUCCUCCUCCUACUCCUCCUCGGGCUACGGCCGCCGCUACGCCUCGGGGCCCUCGGCCUCCCUGGGCGGCUCUGAGCCCGCGGUGGCCUGAGCCCCGCGCCCACCCCGCCCCGCUCUGCAUGCAGCUCCUCUCCAGGCGCGGAGGUCUUUCUCUGGUGUUUGAAGGUGUCUUCCUCCAAAGCAGUGCCUAAACCUUAGCCCAAAGCCCAGACUAAUCCGUUAACAGGUUCCUGCCAUUCAGACAGUCUGUGUCUCGGGGACACCUGCCCCUGCCGGGUGCCCCCACGCCUCUACCUGCCACUCACCGCAGCCAGGUGCCUUGGAGGGUCCGGAGCCAGGCCCCCAGCCCCCCUCCCGCUUCCCCAGGGCGGGCUCAGUCUCAGGCCCACCCCACUGGAGCCCUGGCCCCCAGCCCCCUCCCUAGCAGGCCCUCAGCCCUCCUGGGGCUUUGACCGCCCCCAGGCCCGGUGUUUUCUCCUCGGUGUGUUUGUGGGGCUGACCUGCUAGCUCUGCGGCCUUGCUGGGGAGGGGGCGGGAGGGAGGGUCCACUUUCCCAGCCUGCCCAGGGAAGCGGCCACCGGGCCCAGGACAGCUCCUGCAGCUGGUCUGAGCUGUGGGUUCCGUUCUCAGCUCUGCUUUGUGGCUUGUACCCCCCACACCCCCGACUCACACGCCCAAGAUCCCGGGCCUCUGGCCUCAGCCCCCCUAGAAGUGCCUUCUGUGUUCUUUCCUUGUACCCCAGGCCCGAGGCCCCCGACCCGGGUGGGAGACGGAUGUCCCUGGUGACGGGCUCGUUUCCGGCUCAGCCCUCAGGAGCGGGGCUGGACCAGGGCCCGGCUGGGCGUGGCUGGAGGUCCUGCAGGGCUGCCCAGCCCCCUCCGUCCUACAGAUGGGGGCUCUAGCUGCCGCCUCUCCCAGAGAGCUUCGGCCCCUUUGUUCAGCUGAGGGGCACCAGCUGGGCGGUCGACUGGCGCGGGUGCUUCCACCUGUGGCCCCAGGCCCGCCUGCCCGCCCGGCCCCCAGCCCCGGCAGCUCCCACCCGUCUCCACCCUCUGGCUGAGCUUUGCAUGUUCCACUAACCCAGGCAGGCGGCAGGCGGAGGGGCCAGGCUGCCGGUGCGUACGUGAGGGCAGAACACUAACCUGACCAUGGGCGGGGGCCCUGCGGCGCCCGCCCCCCAAUAAAGCAAUUCCAACCUUC